AUUCACAUAUCGCAUAUCGUAUUGCAGCAUCACGACGUCAUACGAAGAUGAAUAACAACGUAGAGACAUUGGACAAUCCUGUACUUCAACAGCUAAUCGAGAACCCGAGAAAACUGGAUUAAGUUAACUUUUUUCUCUUUCCUGCUCGGUAUAUAUUGAGGGGCGUCCCAGUCCGCUCAAUCCCAAUUGUCAUCAGGAAAGUGCCAGUACCAGUACCAGUACCACCACCACCACCAUACAUUGACAAGCUCAGCAUAAUCGCAUUGGCAAUUCACAAGAAUCAUAUAUAUACAAUGGCUAGCAACCGUUUCCCAUCGUCGACUUCGAGGGUCAGGCAAUUAUUGACCCCUCACCUUAUCCGACCGUCUUUCGUGCCUGUCCAAUCUAUCGUCCGGCCCGCGGGUAUUCCGGCGCCGUAUGGAGUAUCCGCUCGAUUCAAGAGCGAUUCGAUGGAGGCUAGUUCUCUCAAGUCCAGGGAAUGGAGAGGCACUUCGACAGAUGACCAUGCCAUCAACCGGACGAAGAAGCAUGAUAUAACGGAUCCGCAAAUGGAAUCGACCCAGUCUGGUCAGGGGGAGAGGGAAAGGAACGAAGCGAUCGCUGAUGCCAGCAAGAGUAGCAGCACGACAGAGAGGGAUGUUAACAAGAGCCAGGAGAGAGCCAAGAAGGAGCAUCCUCAUGCGCCGGAGCCAGUGAUCGGUGUAAAUGACGAGAAGGGAGAGGUGAGUUCCGCUGAUGAUGCCCUAGCUCUCUAUUCAUGCGUCAAUUGCCAGCAAGCGUUGUGCAUGGUUGUCUAGCAUAAGCGAUGGCUUCACAAAUUUCAAAAAUGACCCAGAAUUAGACAGCUAACUGUUCCUUAUAGAAGGGUUAUUGAUCAUAUAUCUCCUUCCCGUAUCUUUAAAUACAGUCAU